CAAAAAAUACCACCAGGGAAGUUAUACCCCAAAAUCCAAAUUCUGCUCCUCUCAGCAAAAAUAUAUCAACCAACCAAAAACCACUCCCUCCAGAAUUUUAGGGUUUUCGUUCUCCAAUUCUUGUUAAGUCGAAGCAGAAGCGCCGUGAUGCCGAUGGCGUAAGAGGUUUUUGGUUCCCGUCGCCGUCGCCGUCGCAACUCGGCUUCGGAUUGGUUCAGGUGGAGAAAUUGGCGACGAGUAUUUGAAGCAGCUGAGUUGUUUACAUGUCCGGUUAAUCGGGGGAUGAUAUACUUUCGGAGAUAAAAGUGGAGUGUAAUGGAUCUUGCAGCUCUUGGCACUGCUGCCGGAAUCAAUAUAGCCGUGUGUGUCGGACUUUUUUCUCUGUAUUCCAUAUUGAGAAAGCAACCGAGCCAAGCUACUGUCUAUUUUGGGCGAAGGCUUACAACUGGCGCAAGGAAGAUUAAUGCAUUAUCCUUGGAUAGAUUCGUUCCCUCUGCUAGUUGGUUAUUGAAAGCCUGGAACACAACGGACGAAGAGAUAUUGGCUACUGCUGGCUUGGAUAGUGUGGUUUUUGUGAGGUUAAUUGUCUUCAGUCUGCGGAUCUUUUCCAUUGCUUCCUUCACAUGCCUUCUUAUGGUGCUUCCAGUAAAUUACCAAGGGAACUUGCUCGGCCACAAGGAAAUCCCUUAUGAAACAUUGGAAGUAUUCACCAUCUUGAAUGUUCGAGAGGGUUCACAGUGGCUUUGGACACAUUGUCUAGCAUUGUACAUUAUUACAUUUUCAGCUUGUGUUCUCCUUCAUAUUGAGUAUAAGAGCAUCACUAAAAUGAGACUGGCACAUAUUAGUGGAUCUCCUUUGAAUCCAAGUCAUUUUACAAUUGUUGUUCGUGCUAUUCCCUGGUAUCAAGAAGAAUCCUAUAGUGAUUCAGUAAAAAAAUUCUUCACAAGAAAUUAUGAGUCAAGCUACUUGUCUCACCAAAUGGUGUAUCGAUCUGGUAAAGUUCAGAAACUGAUGAGAAAUGCAGGGAAGAUGUGCAAGAUUUUGAAGGAUGUUUCUAUUGAACAAAAUCAUAAACCAGGCCUAUAUCAUUGUGGUUUUUGUGGAGUGCAUUCCGAUUCUUUUCAGAUUCUCUCACAUGAAUCAGAAAGUUCUAGAGGGAAGACAUGCCUUAUUGACAAUGGUUUGGUUGGAAAGAAAAGAAAGGUGUGUGCUGCUGCUUUUGUCUUUUUCAAGACUCGCUAUGCUGCUCUUGCUACAUCAAAGGUUCUUCACUCAAUAAAUCCUAUGCUUUGGGUGACACAGCUGGCUCCAGAGCCGCAAGAUGUUUACUGGUCAAACCUUUGGAUACCAUAUGGACAAUUGUGGGUCCGUAAGAUAGCUACACUUCUGGCUUCUGUUGCUUUCAUGUUUGUGUUUCUUAUACCUGUCACAAUCGUUCAAGGAAUGACGCAUGCAGAUAAGCUACAAAAGACAUUACCAUUCCUAAGAGGUCCUCUUAAGAAGAAAUUUAUAAGCCAGGUGAUGACGGGGUACCUACCAAGUGUGGUUUUGAUUGUGGCUUUUUAUACAGUUCCGCCAAUUAUGAUGCUUAUUUCAACAGUUGAGGGUUCUAUCUCCCGCAGUGGGAGGAAAAAGAGUGCAUGCUUUAAAAUCUUGUACUUCACUAUCUGGAAUGUCUUUGUUGUGAACAUUUUUACUGGGACUUUCAUUGAUAUAGUCAGUAUGUUUACUAAGUUCGAUCAUGUGGAAGACCUACCUGCCCAAAUUGCAAGUUCAAUUCCUGCACAGGCUAAAUUCUUCAUGACUUAUGUUUUAACAUCUGGUUGGGCAAGCCUGGCAUGUGAACUCAUGCAGCUUUAUCCUCUUCUUUUCAACUUUAUCCGAAGAUAUAUAUUCAGAAUGAAAGAUUGGGCUAUUAGCCCAAUGUCUUUCCCGUAUCAUACAGAAAUUCCUAGACUCCUGCUGUUUGGGUUCAUUGGAUUCACCUGUUCUAUCUUAGUUCCCCUAAUAUUGCCCUUCUUGCUGGUUUACUUCAUACUUGCUUACUUUAUAUAUCGAAACCAGAUCAUCAAUGUUUAUAUUAUAAAAUAUCACUGCGGGGGACACUUCUGGCCAUUAAUUCACAGUACAGUAAUUUUCUCAUUGGUUAUGAUGCAAAUUAUCGCUCUCGGUGUCUUUGGAUUAAGAAAAUCACCAGUAUCAUCGGGUUUCACUAUCCCACUGGUUAUUUUCACUCUUUUGUUUAAUCAGUACUGUCGACAGAGAUUUCAUCCAGUAUUCCAGAACCAUGUUGCUGAGAUUCUCAUUGACAUGGAUCGGGAAGAUGAGAAAUAUGGGAGGACUGAAGAGAUUCAUCAACAGAUGCAUGCAGCCUAUUGCCAAUCCCCUUCAACUCCUCCUGACAUGAGUUUAGCAGGCUCAUAUCAUCAACCGGAAGAAGAAACCAUUCAGGAUCUAGAGAAUGUGACACCAGAAAAGGAGCCCAGCCAAGUAAGUUUGUCAUGGUCCGUUGCUAGCACUUUUGGUGCCCCAGAGCCACAGUAAAUUCAGUCUUAGCGGUGCAUGUUUUACUUUGUUUUCGACACAAACUCGAGCUGUUGAUGGUGCUGCUGGAAUAAGACGCUUGCAUGAAGAAAAGUAUAUACACCUUAAAGAAAAAGUGUUGUACAGAGUACAGACACAGAAG